UGAAUAAGAAUCACCGUCUCUCCCUCUCCAACUGGACCAACUCUCUCUCAACUCAACCAUCUUGUCCCUCUCCUCCACUCGUAACUCUCCCGGAAAAUUCCGUUGUUUUCCGAGAAAAUGCCCGAGCAGGAGGACGACGGCUCCGCGCACAACCACCCCAAGAGCCUGGCGAAUCCGCAGCCCGAGGCGGCGACCCCGAGGGAGUCUAUCAUGGACCUCGAUCUCGAUGUCUACAGUCCCUGGCCGAUGGAUCACCAGCUCCCCUUCGCCGCGAACCCCGCGUCUCCUCUUUUCUCGUCCACCACCGAGCAGCCCAGCUCCCCUCUCUGGGCCUUCUCCGACUGGUUCCAGGACAAGCUUGCCGCCGCAGCAGCCGGCGGGGGAUCCGCCGGGACCCGCCUCUCCGAUUGCUCUCGGUUUGUCACAUGCCAUCAAAAUUCGGAGACUGAAGCCCCUGCUGAGGCUAAUGAUCGUAAAAUGCUGCCAUCACCAUAUUGGGGGCUGACGGCAUUUGAAAAUCCUGAUGGAUACUGUAUAAUCAAAGAAAGGAUGACCCAGGCUCUUCGUUACUUCAAAGAAUCGACUGAACAGCAUGUUCUAGCUCAGGUUUGGGUACCAGUGAAGAAUGGUGGUCAGCACGUUCUUACCACUUCAGGGCAACCCUUUGUUCUCGGUCCAAUUACUGAUGGGCUUCACCAGUACAGAAUGGUGUCCCUGAUGUAUUUGUUUUCUGUGGAUGGGGAGAAUGAUGGAGUAUUGGGGCUUCCCGGUCGUGUUUUCCAGCAAAAGCUGCCUGAAUGGACUCCUAAUGUACAAUACUACACCAGUAAAGAAUAUUCAAGGCUUGAUCAUGCUGUUCAUUAUAAUGUUCGGGGAACCUUGGCUUUGCCCCUCUUCGAACCAUCGGGGCAAUCUUGUGUUGGUGUGCUUGAACUCAUAAUGACUACACAGAAGAUUAACUACGCACCGGAGGUUGAUAAAGUCUGCAAAGCACUUGAGGCAGUGAACUUGAAAAGUUCUGAAAUUCUGGAUCAUUCAAACCUACAGAUAUGCAAUGCAGGGCGGCACAAUGCAUUGGCUGAAAUUUUAGAGAUAUUGACAGUCGUAUGCGAAACCUACAAGCUACCUCUGGCUCAAACCUGGGUCCCAUGUUGGCAUGGCAGUGUUCUGGCUGAUGGUGGUGGCCUUAAAAAGAGUUGUUCUAGUUUUGAUGGUAGCUGCAUGGGACAAAUCUGCAUGUCCACAACUGAUGUGGCAUUUUAUGUUGUAGAUGCUCAUAUGUGGGGCUUUCGGGAAGCUUGUGUUGAGCAUCACUUACAAAAGGGUCAGGGGGUUGCUGGGAGGGCUUUCUUGUCCCAGAGCUCUUGCUUCUGCAAAGACAUCACCCAAUUUUGCAAGAACGAGUUCCCGUUAGUGCAUUACGCACGAAUGUUUGGGUUAACCAGUUGUUUUGCAAUCUGCUUACGAAGUAGUUAUACUGGAAAUGAUGAUUAUAUUUUAGAAUUUUUCCUACCCCCUGGCAUCGUCGACAGUAGUGAGCAACUGUCAUUGUUGAGCUCUUUAUUGUCUACAAUGAGGAAGCAUGUCAAGAGUCUUAUGGUUGCUUCUGGGAAAACACUUCAAAAGGAGGGCAAAUCAAUUGAAAUUAUUGAUGCUGUGCUGAAUGAGAGACUUGAUUCGAGAGUUGACGUUCUUCAAAUACCUACAAAUUACUUACCCAACAGAGGAGCAUCAAAGCCGUUAGAUUCAUCGAAGCAGCUGGUGGUGGAUGUCAUUGAUGCAACCAAUGAUGAAGUCAAUGCUGUUAUAGCAAUCGCAAGUGAGAAUGCUGUUACAUUUCCAGAAAAUAAUGUGAUGAAAAAGAAAUCUGAGAAGAAGCGUGGAAAGGCUGAGAAAUGUGUUAGCCUGGAGGUUCUUCAGCAAUAUUUCGCUGGCAGCCUUAAAGAUGCUGCAAAGAGCCUCGGCGUUUGCCCAACAACAAUGAAACGAAUCUGCAGACAGCACGGGAUUUCAAGGUGGCCGUCCCGCAAAAUUAACAAAGUCAACCGUUCUUUGUCUAAGUUGAAGCGUGUAAUUGAAUCUGUUCAAGGUGCUGAAGAAACAUUCAGGAUAAGUGCUUUAGCUACAAGUCCGCUUCCUGUUGCUGUUGGUUCCAUUUCGUGGCCUUCCAGCUUGAAAGGGUCCAAUGAGCAAAACCCACCUGAAGACAAAGCAUUUGAAGCACGAGGUGAAAGGAUGAAUCCGUCCCCAUCCAAGUUACCCGGAACUGAUGAAGAGGCUGCAACGCAAAAUAAAUCUCAUGAGAGGGUGCCUCCCGAGGAGCAGCUCUUGAACGAGCAUGGUGGGUUUCCACGAGAAUUUGCUGGAGCAUCAAACAGAUCUAAAUCUAAAAGUGUCGAGAGAGAACACAGUUCCAGUACACCCACCUCUCAUGGUUCGUGCCAAGGUAGUCCGGCAAAUGAAAGUUUGCCCGUGAAGGAUGAGUCUGGUUCUCCGCACAAUGAUCAAUGCAUAAAAAGAGGGGGCUCUCCAGAAAUGAUGUUUAAGUCAACAAAUGCGCUGAACUUCUCCGCUGCAUAUUCAGUGCCUGAUGCUCUAGCAGUUACAGGACUUCAAGAACCAUUUGGAGGAAUGCCGAUUGAGGAUACCGGAAGCUCAAAAGAUUUGAGAAAUCUGUGCCCAUCAGUUGCAGAUGCAGUUUUGGAAGAUCGGGUCCCAGAGUCCAGCUGGACGAAUCCCCCAUGCUCUGAUAUGGCUUCCAAGCAAGCGGCAACUUUUCUUAGAACAACGCCUGGCACUACACCUAGGCAAGACAUGACAAGUGUGACCAUUAAGGCUACGUACAGAGAAGACAUUAUAAGAUUUAGGAUCUCACUGAGUUCUAGCAUCGUGGAGCUGAGGGAACAAGUUGCGAAGAGGCUGAAGUUAGACGUGGGUACUUUUGAUAUCAAAUGCCUAGACGACGACCAUGAGUGGGUUUUGAUAGCCUGCGACGCAGACUGGCAAGAAUGCAUGGACAUCUCGCGAUCAUCUGGUUGUAAUAUGAUCAGGCUGUUAGUUCAUGAUGUGAUGGCGAGCCUGGGAAGCUCCUGUGAAAGCUCAGGAGAAUGACUCUUUGGAAUGUAAAUAUAGUUUGUCCGUUAUACCCCUUUCUUUUUGUUAAUGUGUCAGGUUAGAAUCAGAUUUUGGUUACAAAGAGAUUGUAUGCUCGCGAGUUGUGAAGAUUUUUUUGGAGAACUUAAGGUAAUUCUUCCUUUGUUAA